CACUUCCUUUUGCGCAUUCCUUAUAUCUGUGAAAAUCGGCAAUCAACAUCAACAUCUGGGAUUUCGGCUGUUUUUACGUAAAAAUGUGCAAUUAAUUUAAAGAAAUUUCGUUUGCUACUGUUUUGUUUAAUGAUGCCUCCUCCUAUUAAAAUUAAAGAUGGUUCUGAAUUUGAUUCUCCAACACCAAAGACUCCUCUCGUAAUUUUGGCUAAACCUCCUGAUAAGAAUAAAGUAAACCAGAGUAGCAAUGUAUUGGCUAGUCCAAAUAUUCAAACUGAACUUUUGAGAUCCCCCACAGUUGUUCAGAAAGCAUCAUCUGUCACUCCUGAAAUAGAAGAUAGUGCUAUAAUUGUCCAAGGAGCUGCUUCUACAAGUAAAGAUAGCGACUCAUUUUCUGAUCUUGUGAAAAAUGUCGCCCACCGUGUUUUUCAUGUUCAACAAAAACCAGUCACUACACAAAGUGAAUCCAAUGAUCAGAAGCAGGUAACUACACCAGAUAUGUCAUAUCCAGUCAAAUUAGUUGAUGAAUCUUUGCAAUGGUGUGACAAUGCUUUAGAGUAUUUGCAUGAUGGAACUGACUUUUAUGUGAUUGGUGUUAUUGGCUUGCAAGGUGUUGGGAAAUCAACUAUCAUGUCAAUUAUUAGUGGAAAUUAUUCUGAGAAAUCUAAGUGGCAGCUUUUUAAGCCACAAACUAAUGAUUUGAAAGAAAUUGGAGAACACUGUACAACCGGCAUUGAUAUAUAUGUGACUAACCAAAGGGUUAUUCUUUUGGAUACACAACCAGUUAUCAGUGCAUCUGUCAUGGACCACAUGAUUCAAUAUGAAAAGAAACCUCCCGGAGGACCAGAUUAUCAUUCUGUGGAAAAUGCAUUACUUAUGCAAUCUUUACAACAAGUUGCUUUUUUGAUGGCUGUUUGCCACACAAUUAUUUCUGUUCAGGAUUGGUUCAUCGACUUGAAUUAUUUGAGAAUUAUUUUGUCUGCGGAGAUGUUGAAGCCCACAACUCCCUUAAACAUACACGAUCUUAGUCUUCCAGACGAACCUGCCGAAUAUUAUCCUCAUUUAGUGUUUGUGCAAAAUCAUAGUCAACGAGAAGAUUUUUAUCCUGAUUCAGUGGCUACAAUGCAAGAAACCUUGCACCAUGUUUUCAAGAAAUCAAAGCUAAAAUACUCGGGUUGUGUGAGCUGUGGAACUCAUAGUCACGUGCCAAAAGAUCAUGAUAGAGUGAAUUUAUUUCUCAUGUGUGACAAGGAGCCUCCAGAAUUUGAUGGUGGUAAAGAUCAGUUUCCAGAAUACAAAGGUCAUCCUGGCUACCAGUACCUUGCAGAAUCGCUUGGUCAACAAGUUUUAUCCAUGCCCAGGUCUCUCCUAACAAAUUCUCCAUUAUCAGAAAAGAAUUGGUUUCAUUAUUCUGCCAGAAUCUGGGAAACAGUGAAAAAGUCUACAUUAUUUUUAGAAUAUAACAGACUUUUGCCAUGAUAAUUUUCUAAAAAUAAUAUUACUUUUGUGACACUGUGAAAUCACUGCAAUGGAUGCCAGUUUAUAUAUUUAUUAAGAACAGAAUUUAACAUUUUCUCAAUCCUUAUUUAGAAGUAUAAAUGUGACAGCAUUUAUUCUAUCUUUAUUUACUUUAAAAAAUAUAUAUUUAAUUCAGAUUAAGAUUUUUUUUUUCCUUUAACCUCAACGUACUU